CGAUAUGUAAUGUAUUGUUUGCAGAACACGCUUCAUACACUUUAUGAAAACUUCGACGAAAGACUGCUUGCGCAAAUUCUAAAGCUGUAUUUUCCUCACCCCAAGGGAACUUCCUAGCGUAUGUAGACGAACUCUUUCUUUUCGACGCGUGGGCCAACGAGUGCGGGAUGCGGUCAUUGCUGUUCUUGCAAUACGUUGCUUUGGUGCUGGUUUUCUGGACCAGCGAAAAUGCGAUUCCCACUGGAUGUCUGGCACUUCCGGUGAACAACCUUGGAGGGCUGGACCUGGGGGGAGCUGCGCCGGGGCUCAAUCCACGAUUGCGGCAAACACAGAUUGAACGGUGGUUGAACAUCGCCUUGAGGAGGAUAAAUAGGUUUCUCAGAAGAAUAGGCUUCCCACCUCUGGAAAUUCGGGACGGAAGUGCAGUAGCGAACUUGCGACUCAACUGGGGUCCAAACGGUUUUUACACCGUGCCGGAGUGACGUCCACUAGAGUGCUAUAGCGCGUAAUAAAUACGUGGCCCAAACGCUCA